UCUGUUGACAGAGUUCCUGUAUAGCAAGCAAUCUGAAAUGCCUUUUGUUAAGGAUCUGUUCAUACCCCCUUUCUGUUCUGCCUCAACAUUUGGAAGAUCUUUCAGCUGCUGAAUCCUACUAUUGCACUCAUGGAAAAAACUGAAUUUGGGGUUGUCUUGCAGAACAGAGCAGGAACAAAGAAGUCUUGGAUAAUGUCCAUGCAGCGCUUCUCCAGGUAACUAAAAGAAUGUAGCUCCCAAUAAAUAAAUGAAAGACUUCACUGCAUAAGGAAUGUUUCACAAGAUGUCUAGCAAUGAAAUGGAGUUUGGCCUUCUCUGAUGGAUUAAACUUGAUGUAACGGAAGUGCAGCCAUUCGAUCAGGAAGAGGUGAUGUCUUACUCUAGGCCUGCUAAAACUGACAAGCCACUUGAGACUUCAGAGGAGAUAAAAGAAGACAUAGAAGGGGAGAUCCAUUGUCGUUUUCUGGAAACAGCUCCAAGACCUUCAUUUAUGUCUCACUUGACAUACAGUGAAGCAUCCUUGGAACUUACCAAAGUUAUUGGCCAGCUGUAUGUUGAUGGAGAGCCUGAGGAAAACCAGCUGGAUGGAGAAUUAUUAUAUUCCUCAAAUUACAAAGCCACAGACGAUCCAGCCCAGCCCCCUUUCCAGUUUCUUCCUAGACCAAACUCUGACAAGAAACUGGGCAGAGCUCCUGAAACCAUUCAAUUAAAACACAGGUUAAAUGUUUGCACAUGUUCUUCACGGCACAGGAUUAACUCCAAAAUUCAGAUUGGCGAGGUGACAAACAUAGAAGCUUCUUUGUCAGAAGAUCAAGAGGAGGAGGAGGACGAAGAUGUUUUCACAGAGCUACCAAAGCGCAGGACAGCUUUGGAGAGCCUGCACAAAACGUGCAUUUCUCAGACGAAACAAAACAGAGAUGGUCACAUCAGUAAUAAAGGUGUCUUCACAGCCAUUGCUGGCAACAAUCCCAAAGAGAAGGAACUGAAAGAGCGCAAAAUGCAUCGGCGGGUAAGACAACAUGAUUUCAUGCUAUAAAGCAGAGAUGGUGAUGAUGGGGAAGCACAGUUUGAAUUCCUGCUCCUGAUUCCUGUAACGUGUAACAGGAGGGUACCAUCAAAGCCCCUGCUGAUAGUAAUUCUAGGGGAAGAAAGGAUUAAAAUGUUGUUUUGGCUGUGAUGCACCUUGUGCAUGAGUUGGGGGGGCUGUGCUAAUGUUUUUGGCCCUCCAGUCCUUGCUCAGUUCAAGUAUGGACCCUGUUGAAAAGUAGUUGCCAACCAUGAAUAAGGAAAAGUCUUAGCAUAAGAAGCAGUGAACCCUCCAGUGUUUAGUUCCCAUCUAUAAUUUUAUAUUUUCUGACCUAGGAAGAGAAAGCAGUAUUUUAGAUGGGAGUGAUUUUCAAACUGCCUUAGCUCAAGCACUCUCUUAAAUUUGACAUUUUCUGACAACUGGGAGUUAGGUUACAUUACCCACACAUGACAACAUUUAUUUCACUGUACACAAUUUGAGGGUGUGUGUUUUGCUAACAACAGAACCCCAGAACACAUAUGCAGGGGCAAAUAUCUAAACUGACUAAGCUGCUUUUUCAAACUUUUUUUUUUAAAAAAGUACAGUCAGUUACUUUUCAGUCCAGUUAUGCAGUUAAGUAGUAAAGAAUGACAGAAGGUGAGAUCAUGGAGGCAAUUAUAUUGCACAAUCUGUAGCCUUAGGGUGGAGUUAAUAAGCAAUCUGUCCCAAUGGAGAGUUUAAAAAUUACAAAAAAAAGAAGGGGGGAACCCUAUGAAUUAAAUUUAAAUUGUUUAACUGAAUUUUUUCACAUCUUGAAAUUAUAAAAUUAAGUACGUAAAGUUGGGCUAAUGUUUUCAAAUACUGCCCAGAUGGAUGUUUAAAUAUUUAACUUCAUGCUGCUCUGACGCCAUAUAAAAGUUAUACACAUGAAUCCCAACAAACGUGCUGAGACAUAGAUUCACUAAGGGCCAAGUCCCUUCAAUGUGUGCUUGUGAAAUGA